UAACCACACGACUCGGGCACCCCCGAGGCGUGAUAGUCCACGCACUCUCCCACCAAACUCGUGGCGACUCUAUCAUUGCCAGUAUUGCCAUUUAAUGGAUCCGAGCUGGGAGGAACGUUUUCCACCAACCAUUUCAAAGGCAUGCAGUCGCUGUCAUGCACGAAAAGUCAAGUGUGACCUGCGAGUUCCUCGAUGCUCGACAUGCCAUCGGCAGAAUGAGCAAUGUAAUAUCACGGAUCGCGUGACGUAUUCUUACGCUGCUGUAAAGAGCCUGCAAGACCGGAUCGUCGAGCUCCAAGGCAGGCUCGAUAGCCUUUCUCGAGACUCCUCCAACCAACAUGCCACAACAUUGGAGCAGAGUCGGUUUGACAAUAUCCGCAAAGAAGCCGAAGAAAUCGGUGUUCUCGCUAUCGGAAUCCCUCAUAGUCACUCUGAGAGAAUAUACAUGGGCAGUGCCACUGGCUCAACAUUUGCCCGUAUUUUCUUCAAGCAGAUCGAUCUUGAACAGCCCUAUUCGAUAUCUCGCUCAACCCGAGGGGAUUUCGCUAUUCUAGAUCAAGAAUUUAUUCAAAAAAAUGCAGCCCUGCCGCCACAACCGGUCGCAGUGUUUCUCCUGCAAACAUACAUCAGCCACAUUCACCUUUGGUGGCCAUUCGUUUCACUUCCCUUCCUGAGGAGUAGCUUUUCACGCAUAUAUGAAGACCCAACACGAUGCACUGUAUACCAGAGGUUCUUGGUUCUCCUGGUUCUGGCUUUGGCCUCUGCCACCCGCUCCGACAACCAAGAAUAUCGUAGGAUGAUGGAUCUGAACAGUCCAGCCGACUACUUUCAAACAGGACUGCGCUUCUUCUUCAACUUCCUCAACCAUCCGAGAGACAUCCAGAGCCUCCAUGCCGUACUGCUGCUGAGCUUAUGGGUGCUGGAAUCGAAUGUCAGGAGCCAUGGCGACGACCUUUGGCACCUGAGCCGCUACGCCAUGUCAGCAGCAAUAGAAAUGGGGCUUCAUCGUCGUUCCGUUGUUGCUGGAGACUUUAGUUCCGAUGAUCGUGAGGUCCGUAAUCGCACUUGGUGGUGCGUAUACAGCCUCGAAAGACAGGUUGCCGUGAUCACCGGGCGAGUGCUAUCGGUUCGAGACCACGCGAUAGACGCACCGAAACCGUCAAUUAGCAGUCUGGAUGAACUUACAGCCGCUGAAGCUCAGGUAGCACCCAUAGUACAUCGACUCAAUGUCAAAAUCUUUAAUCAUCUGGUAAGACUACGCCAGAUAAGCGGCCGUAUACUCGAAUCUGUCUACAUCGCCAGGGCCCCCGACGGACGAGCAGCUAGGACCACGUUCCAGCAAAUAUGCAGCGAAAUCAAAGAGGUUCAAAAAGAGUUGGAAGACUGGAAGCGGGAGAUGACCCUCCUUGACUUCAAGGGCACACGAGAGUACUCCGAGAUGAAGGUCGAUUAUGGUCUUCUUCUGCUACUCAUGUACCGACCAUCUCCCACUUUUAUGAUUCCCUCCAGCGAGAUGGUUGAAACAUGCUCUCGCGCUGUAUCCGGCACCGUCCGUCAAUGGGUAAAGUUGGAGUUCCACUAUGGCAUCACAGCCGUCUGUCGAUGCUUCCGCCAUGUGCAUUCGAUCUUGAUGGUAGGACUGGCAGGUUUAUAUUGCGAUUGGCAUGUAAAGGCAAUGAGUCGCAACCCCGACUCCCCCCUUCUUCACUCUCAUGGAAGCGAUGUAGCCGCAUGCAUUGAACUCAUCGAGCGCGGUAUCGGUCGCAUGAAGGAAGAAAAACUGAUGAAAUAUCGCGAUCUUCUCCAAGCAGCGCGGAUUAAGGUGUAUGGGCCGACAACCUGGCAACUUCCAAGCGGACAGACUCAGAUGACAGAUGCCUCAUCUGCACCACAUGUCAGUUCAUCUGACACGCUGGGAGCUAUUCCUUCGGGCAAUCUGCAAUAUCCCAUGUCGUUUCUGGGCGAAGGGCUGGAAACCUACAUGAGCCAAGUGACAGGAUAUUUCGACAACACUCAGCUUGGUCUGGAUGAAGGCCUGACUGCCUGGUUCGAUACAUUCAUGAACGAAAUUCAGCACAGCCAGAACGGGACUUAGGAUGAUAAUCGUUGUUGCCCUUACACUCGGUCUCUGGCCGGACAGUCCACCGGAAGAACCAUCUCUCGCAGCCAUAGUCUCAAAACAAAUCAUCCAACCCUUUUGACCUGUUGGAAGCGGGCCGAAACCCACUCCUAGGUGAAUGAUAUCGACCACUGACACAAUCAUGGAAAACAACCCGACAUUGGAUCAUUGUGAUUUCGGGAGCUCGGGGGUUCAACCACCAUCACCGAGUCGAGAUGACGUUAUUCUAGGGUUGGCUGCUGUUACACCUGGGACUCGGACGGGACCGAGUUAAGAUGGAGACGAUACCGUACGGCAUCGUCAAAUUUCGGCCCUCGCCGAGCUCAGUGCAACGGACUGGCUGAUAGG